UAGCCCAGGCCCAUUUCUUGUUUCACAAAUUAAAACCCUAACCGCAUUAUAUACAUUUGAACGCUCAUAUAUUUCUAGGGUUUUGUUUCUUCUGAAUCUGCAGCAGAGAAGAGAUGGGUAAAGGAACAGGGAGUUUUGGUAAGAGGAGGAACAAAACACACACACUGUGUGUAAGAUGUGGUAGACGCAGCUUUCAUUUGCAGAAGAGUAGGUGCUCUGCGUGUGCGUAUCCUGCUGCUCGUGUUAGAAAGUAUAACUGGAGUGAGAAGGCUAUCAGAAGGAAGACCACAGGUACCGGUCGUAUGCGUUACCUUCGUAAUGUUCCCCGCAGGUUCAAGAGCAACUUCAGGGAAGGUACUCAAGCAACACCAAGGACCAAAGGAGCUGCUGCUAGCACUUGAGAUUGAUAGUACAAUUUUGUUUGGUUUUGUGUUGCUACUUGUUUUUGUCUCAGAAAACCUUUCUUGGGGAUUUUGUUUGUUUACUGAUUCUUGUUUUUAAAGUUUUGCCUGUUUUUGAGCACUAGAAAGCUAUUCAUUUGUGUUCAGUUUAUUUUUG